AUGGCGGAGCACCACUUCCAAACGGAAGGUUACGAGUGCAUCCCCAACCUCCUGAUGCUGAGCCUCUACCUGGCCAGCAAUACGGAGCGGCUUAAGUACGGCUGCGGAUUCAACAUCACCCCCAUGUGGCAUCCCCUGCGCCUGGCCGAGGACUACGCCAUGGCUGACAUUCUUACCGGCGGUCGGGUGCUCUUUGGGGUAGGCCGUGGCUACCAUACGCGGGAAGUCGAGACCUUCGCCGCGCCCAUGCUGGACGGCGAUGCCAACCGGGAGCUUUUCGAGGAGCAGGUGGAAGUGCUGGUCAAGGCCUUCUCCGAAGAGUCCUUUUCCCACGAGGGCAAGCACUACAAGUUUCCCGCGUCGGUGCCCUAUCGCGGCUACCAACUGGAAAAGAUCAGCCUGGUGCCCCGUCCCAUCAGUCAGCCGGUGGAAAUCUGGCAGCCCCUGGUCAGCGGCAACCCCAAGGGUAUCGACUUCAUGGGUAAAAUGGGCAUAAAGGCCCUGAUCGCCAACACGCCUGAGUCCGCCCUGAGUGAGCGGAUGGAAAUGUACCAGCAAGGCGCUGCGGCCCACGGGCGCGAAAUUGCCUUGGGCGAAGACGUUGCUCUCGGUUACCGCUUCUUCAUCGGCGACACCCAGGAAAAGGCAAUUGAAGAGGCCCGACCUACU